GAGGUGUGUAUUAUAUGUGUGUCAACAAAGCUUAACUUCGGUGACAAGCCUCGAUGAGUGCGUCUCGACGAGUAUCUGUCGCGAAUUCCGAGAAGUCCUGUGUCUUUGAACGAGUUAAAUUGACACUUCGCUCAUACCAUGGCAGUGAUUCCGUAGAAUUCUCCUUUGUUGUUUUCUUUCAGCAGGCUACUGGUGCGAGCUUCUGGUGUAGCGGCGAACAAGAAAAGGAUUUCUUCGCCUCCCUUCUACCCCCUCCACUUGUUUACAUUUUCGAAUUUCCGCUCUCGCAGUCUAGCUCGCAUGCUCACCUUGGCGAUGUGUUUUGCAAUCGCGCGCCAGUCUCUAAUAAUUACGUCUUAUCAUGUUUGGGUGUCGUUGACUUUUUUUAGAAAGCGGAAUUGCAUUAAUUUUUUUAAUUGUGUAAUAACCAUAUGAGCAAAGAGAACUCUCUGGUCCGAGAAUGCAACAUCCAGCAAAAAUAUUACUUUUACUUUCAAAUCAGGCGCGCAAAAUAAUUGGUGCAUUUAGUGUAACAUUACUUUAUUUACACGGAAACAAGGUCGAGCAGGGUCUUACGUGAAAAUAAGCAUCACCGCAACCAAAAACAACACAAGCGGUCCUGCCGCGGAGACUUCGAGAGUGAUUUUCCCAAUGUAACUAAUUUAAACAUUAGCUUACAUUUUGAUGGAAAUUCGUUUUAACUCUAUAAGGAUUAAUCAGUUGUAAACAUGGUUGUCGGCAAUGCAGAACUCGGACAAGGUCUGGCAGACGUUGUCUUCGUAAUCGAGGGAACAGCUUCCAAUGGGGCUUACAUAAAUGACCUUAAAGUGAAUUACAUUCUUCCUACUUUAGAGUAUUUCAAUCAAGGCACCAUAGAGGACAAAGAUUACAUCCCAGAGAGUUCAAGCACCCUGUAUGCCCUGGUUGUUUUCUAUGCCUCGGACUGUGUUCCGUACUUGAGUACAGAAUGUUAUGGACCUUUUUCAACACCUCACAAAUUCAUAUCUAUGUUGGAGUCUUUGGAAUUGGUUGGAGGAAGAGGUGAAUCGCAUGCCCACGUUGCUGAAGGACUGGCUACGGCCAUGCAAUGUUUUGAUGAUUUGCAGUUGAAGAGAGAUAUCAAUGCCUCUCCGCAAAAACACUGCCUUUUAAUAAGCAAUGCUCCAGCCUACAGUGUUCCGACUGUCGAAUCUCUCAAUUAUUCCGGACAAACUGCCGAGCAGCUAGCUUUGCUAUUUCAAGAAAGUGGUGUCAAUUUAUCAAUCAUCUCACCUAGAAAAAUCCCAGCCUUGUUUAAGCUUUUUGAAAAGGGUGGCGGAGACCUGGCCGCUUCCCAAACAAAAAACUACGCCAAGGAUCCUCGCCACCUUGUUCUAUUGAAAGGAUUCAGCCUAAAGGAGAGACCGGUCAGUCCUGUUGCCACUCAGCCUCAAGCACCUGUAAUGCCAACGGCUAACAUCGGAAGUCCAGCUCCACAGCCGCCCCAUCCUCCUCAGGCUAAUGUUCAACCCGCCUUUAGACCAGCCAUGCCCAAUAGGCCCCCCAUGAAUUUCCCACAAAACCAACAGCAGCCCCAGUUCCGAAUGGAACAGCAACAGAUGAGACCGGGAAUGGGUGGUAGGUGGCCCCAACCACAGCCCAACAUGAUGCAGGCGCAGGCCAUGCGUCCAGCGAUGCCUCCCCAGCAACCUCAUCAACCACAACAAGCAAACCAGGCCAGCACUCUGAUUGCCCAGCUCCAGCAGCCACCUGCGGGGGUAAAUGUGAUGGGCCAGCAAGGAAUGAACCAACAAUUCCAACAAGGUGGCAAUAUGAUGAAUCCCAUGCAGCAACAAAUGGCUCAGGCCCAGGGCAUCCGCAUGCCCAACAACCCAGUAGUUGCAGCCCAGCAAAAUGUGGCCCAAAUUCCACCUCAACAAGCACCUCCAAAUCAGCAGGCCCCACAGAUGCCUGGCAUGUCCAACCAGCCUAUGGUUCAAGGCCAGAACAUGCCACCACAAAUGGCCCAGCAACAGCCACAGAUGGCAGUCGUGCAAACUAUGCAGGGUCAGCAGAUGCCUGGACAGCAGGCGCCAGGGCAAGUGCUGCCCCCAGGAAUGCAGCAGCAAGCCGGCGGCGGAAGGGAAAGGCAAACUAUUUGGACAGGAAUUUUGGAGUGGAUAGAGAAGGCGAGAAAUUCGGACGCUCAGAAAAUGACACGAAACGUACCAUGCCAAGUCUCGGCCAACACCAAGGAUGGAGAGCCAGAGUUGCGAGCUGACGGCUGGCCUCAAAAACUGCUCAUGCAGUUAAUGCCAAAGCAACUUAUUGGCAGUAUUGGAGGGACUUACUUGAAAAACUCAAAGUCCGUGCUGUUCCACCCUCAGCCCUGUGACGCUCUAGAGGCUCUAACUAGGGUUAUGAGUUCUGGAUUUGCAGGCUGCGUACAUUUCACAAGCCUUCCAACUCCAAGUGCCUGUGAUAUCAAAGUCCUCAUUCUCCUCUAUACUGCUGAGAAACGAGCAUACCUAGGUUUCAUUCCGAACGACCAAACGGCAUUUGUAGAUCGUCUUCGUAAAGUGAUACAACAUCAAAAGUCGACACAAGCCAUCCGACAGGGUCAAGGAGUGCCUGGUCUUGGCCCAGUUGGACCAACACCAGGACUAGGACCAGGAAUGGGACAAAUGCAGAAUCCAGUCCAGCAACAGCAGCAGCAACAACAACAACAACAGCAGCAGCAACAACAACAACAACAACAACAGCAGCAGCAACAACAACAGCAGCAGCAGGGCAUGAUGAUGACUUCGCAAACCAAUCCCAUGGUUAUGGGAGGUGUCCAACUGACACAGAAUAAUGUUCCUGGUCAGGUUGGACAGGUGCAACCACAGAUGGCUGCCAUGGGUCAGCAGAGACCACAGAUGGGUGUCCAACCAGGUUUUGAGGGCGGUGAAAUGGGUGCAGGUCAACAACCUGGAAUGAUUAGAUCUCAGGGUAUGAUGGGUCAACCGGGCCAGCAGCCCGGAAUGGUUGCCGAAGGAAUGCCACAACCUGGCCAAGGGCAAAUCAGAGGAAUGCUUGGUCCGCAGCAGCAGCAAAUUAGACCCCAGCUUCAGCAACAAGCGCAGCAGGCUAAUAAUCAGCAACAAUUGGAAGAGGCUCGGCAGCAAAAUUUACGGAAGAUUCAGCAAUUGCGGCACACCCUGGAGCAAGCGCAGCAACAAGAGCAGCAAUACAGCCGCCAAAUGAUGAUGGAGCAACAAGAGGAGCAGCAAAAGCAGUUACGAGCCCAACUGCAGCAAAUGCAACAGAGACAGAUCAAUAUGACCCAAGGCCAACCCAUGCAACCCCAGGGCAUGCCACAGCAGCCACAACAGCAAAGGAUGAUUCGACCCGGAACUCCUGCAAUGACAAGCAACCCUGGACUGAGACACUUGCUCCAACAGCAACCACAAUACCGACAACAGCAACAAGGCAUGGGAAUGAACCCGAUGGGAGUGCCUCGGCAAAUAAAUCCUCAGCAGCAGCAACAACAGCAACAACCAAACCAGCAAUUUCCAGAGGAUGCUUACGACUUUCUAGGCUAAGGGAUACCUUAAUAUCCCACAGAACGCUUGCGAGUUGCGAGUUCAACCGUCUGGGUCCAUCGUCAUCUGAAACACAUUUGCUGGAGCUCGUUCUUGUAUUGCAUUCAAAAUUAGCCUCGGCUUUCAAAAUGAAAAUGUACAUUUUCUUCUUGUAGUUUACGCCGCAUGACUGAAAAUAUUUUCUCAGACAAAUUGAAUGAUAUUUUUUCUCCAAAUUUUAUUUGUUGACUUAUCGUAAUGCAAGACCAAAAGUGAUUUGAAAAAAUGAAGGCCAAGCUCAAAAAUGAGGAUCCAUUAAGUCUCAAUUUUUUUAAUUUAAUUCUUUUAAGCCCCCAAUAUAAUGUAAAAAUUUGAUAUAUGCGUAAAAAUAAAAUUAUAAUAAAAUAAUUUAA